AUGCCUCCCAAGCGUGACAAGGAUCGUCGCAUCAUUUCCUGUCUGCAGUGUUUUAGGCCACAGGAGAUGCUACCUAACCACUUGUUACGGGUCUGCAUGAAGAACCAGACUUCUGAGGAGAGGAAUGCAGAGGUGGAGAGAGCCAAAAAGUCCAUGAAGGCCUGGACCCUCCGAGGCAGAACCUGGGACUACAACGAGAUGGUCAAGCGGUACCCCGAUGAGGCUUGCAGACAGGCUCUUCUGGAAGACCUUCGUGAAAGGCAUUUUUUAAUCCUGAACGACCCCAAGGACGCACAUGCUGAAUCCAGUCACAGACCACCAGGCGCUGCAGCCUGCUCAGCCGACUCUCCACGACUGCCAGAGAGUCCUCAGAGUGUCAGAAGGCAGGACAUGCUGAUCAUCCACAGGAAGCUCCUGGAUCAGCAGCAUGUGGAAGAGGACCAGAUGGACGCUGUUCCGGCUUCAGACUGGAUCAACAAGACUAAUGUUGAUGGACGAAUUGACAUGGAGCUGCAGUCCACAAAGCAGAGUGCAAAAUUUUCCCUCACAGAGGAAGACUCCGCUAUGCUGGAUGCAUACUUCCAGAAGAUUCGUCCAGGAUGUCUGCAGGACAGUCAGGACGACCAGGGCAGAUUUUUCCUGUCCAAACAAGGGCUGCCAGUUGGCAACGUCACAAGUGACCUCAGGCGUCUGCAUGAACAGUAUGAUUUACCAAGCUUUUCAAGCCAGCAAACCAGAAGAGCCCAAAUUACUAUGGCAUGCUCUUCUUCUGAUGAGCUGGCCGAUGAGAGGGGGGUGCGGAAGCAGAAGAGAGGAAGAGGCCCAGCUGACCAGGAUGACCGGGACUUUGGAGCUUUUCUCCUGAAGUUUCCAGCGGAGGCGAGUAGCACCCCGCCCACAAAGAAGAAGCGGACCGCUGCGGGGUUUCCACCUGACAGAAUGUUUUAUGACAGGUGGAGGUCUGUGCAGUUGGCCAAGCGGGAGGAGCUCCUCUUGUCCCAGUGUUCAAGACGGCCCCCCUCUGUCAGCAAGGUGUCACUGCUGAUCCAAAAAGAGGGUUGGACCGGCAACUGUCCUCGCCCCGAGGAUGUAGUGGCAAAGUGGAGGCCCGUCACUAGGGUGCAGGUGGAGUCAGAUCCAUGGAUCAUCACCGCUAUCCAGAACCAAAAGUGGACAGGCCUGGCCCUCAAGGACUUUGGCACAAAAGGACAUGGAGUUGUUGCCACCAAACCCUUUGCCAUGGGCUCCAUCGUUUGUGAUUACCAUGGCAAGGUAAUCACAGGAGCAGAGGGCCGGAAGUUGGUCGAGUCCAUCAAGGGUGACAUGGCCUACCUCGUCUUUUUCCACGCUGCUGGUCGGGACCUCUGUGUGGAUGCUGAGACUUUCCCCUGUGAGUGUCACCCUACAGAAAACACCAUGGGCCGGAGGAUCAAUCAUUCCUCCAAGAGAGCAAACCUGAGGCCAGUCCACUGCGUGAUGAACUUCCCUGAAGGACAGAGGGAUGUCAUCCUGUUCCAGGCAAAAAGAGACAUUAAUUUAUGUGAGGAGCUGCUAUUUGAUUACGGCGUCAAACGCAAAUCUUUUCGAGGAGAAGCAACAAACCUCGACUGGCUGGAUGAGUGAACACAUCAGGCCAUUCAUUCACCAGUUCAAGUCCAAGGCCAAGACUGAUGGACCAUACGGACCACAAACAUAUUUGCACUCUUAAA